CUUUUAAGUGUGUGUUUUUCAUAUGUGRAAAUGAUGCUAUCCAGGAUGAAAUAUGCUUAGCCAGCUAACGAAUUUUACUGAAGUUGAACGUGCCAUUGCAAUCAUUUUGACAAAACACUCCUGCKAAAGUUGACUCUUCUCUGACCAGUGGAGAUGGCAGAGGUUGAUCAGGCUGUGGAUCUGUCCAAGACAGAGACAGGAGAGGGUGGGAAUGGCCAUCUGUCUUCCASUGCAGACCGAAACAGUGGGUCCAGUACAGGACAGAAGUCUACCACCAAGAGGACGCAUGAAGAUGAGGAAGAGGACGACAGCUCUCCAACUAAGAAACAGCAUGGUCAUGGAGAYAAGGUGGCGACCCACUACAACGCGCUCCAGGAGACCGGCCUCGCUGCCAGGAGCCAGAGCAGAAUAUUCUACAUGAGGAACUUCAACAACUGGCUUAAAAGUGUUCUAAUUGGUGAGAUCCUGGACACGGUGCGUCAGAGCCGCAGAGAGCUGUCUGUUCUGGACCUGGGCUGUGGGAAAGGUGGAGACCUGCUCAAGUGGAGGAAAGGACACAUUAGCCGGUUGGUCUGUGCAGACAUAGCAGCAGUGUCGGUGGAGCAGUGCCAGGUUCGUUAUGAGUAUAUGAGGAAGAGGGGUCAUCCUAACGAACGUAUCUUCUCUGCGGAGUUCAUCACAGCCGACUGUACCAAGGAGCUGCUGACAGACAAGCUGAAGGAUCCUAAGAUGGAGUUUGAUGUGACCAGCUGUCAGUUUGUGUACCACUACUCCUUUGAGACGCAGCAGCAGGCGGACCUGAUGUUGAAGAACGCCUGUGAGAGGCUGAGACCAGGAGGAUACUUAUGGACCGCCCAGAUGCAUAUACUGGUGAUACAGAAGCGUGUGGAAACCUUAGACUCCAACUCCUUUGGUAACGACGUGUUCAGCGUGACGUUUCAGAAGAAGGGAGACUACCCUCUGUUCGGUUGUCAGUAUGACUUUAAUCUGGAGGGGGUGGUCAAUGUCCCAGAGUUCCUGGUUUAUUUCCCUCUGUUUGAAGAGAUGGCCAAGAAGUACAACAUGCGUCUGGUGUUUAAGAAGACGUUCUCCCAGUUCUUUGAGGAGCACAUAAAGAACGACCAGCACAAGAUGCUGAUGCAGAGGAUGCAAGCCCUGGAGUCUUUCCCGACAGACAACAAGAACAAGUCAUCCUCAGACAACCUUGAUGACUAUGAUCACGCCAAGGAGAAGGCUGACAGCCCCAAUGUCAGGCUGCCGCUGGGAACAUUGAGCAAGUCUGAGUGGGAGGCAACAAGCAUAUACCUGGUGUUUGCAUUUGAGAAAAUGUCCUGAAUGCCAGAGAAGAGAACCGCAGGUUGACUCGUCAAUAUUACACUGUUUUUUUGUUUGGUAUGUUUGGGGGGGGGGAUUUUUUUUGUUGAAGAACUGACUUGCUGCCAACUCUGAGGUGCUUUGGGCAGAGCAUGGUAAAAAAAAAAAUGUAGUUUUAAUGUUUUCCUGUUGUGAAAUAUUAUUGGUUUGUGUAAGCUUGUGUUGGCCUAUCUAUCCAUCCAUCAAUCUAUCCUCUGGUUCUUAUUAUAUCAGCUACAGCCAGUCAUCAUCUGUAGCUCAUAUCUGUCCAGUUUUUACUUCUCCUUUAUCCUGGUCAUUUAACCUCGUGAUGUCAUUUAACUGGAGUGAUGUGUAUUAUACAACGGGUGGGUCUAAUCCUGAAUGCUGAUUGGUUAAAAGCGCAUUCCAGCCGGUGUCUAUUCCACAAGUUACCACUGGCUAAAUCUAUGACGUUAAAAUGCCUAUUUACUCUGUUUCAUUCUUCAAGAGGAUUAGAUCAGUGGAUCAAUGCUAUUUCGAAGUAGGAUGACCUUCUAGAGGUAUUUUAAGGCUCAACUAUGAUUCAGGUAAUCAACACAUCAAACCUUUAUGUAACCCUAUGUUGAUUACCUGGUGUAUGUAUACCUUCUGUUUAUUCUCUAUCUAGUGCACUACUAUUGACCAGGGCCCAUUGGCCCCCCCAAGGAAUUUAGCUAAAAUGAGUUGAGGAAACCUGUUCCAAAUUAUUCCCACAAAUAAAAUAAAAAAGAACGUGAUCGUC